AUGAUGAGAUUGGCGGUUUACUUAUGCUCUUCAGCCACAUCCCAGAGUUUAGGCUGCGAGCGGAUUAAGAAGACAAAGAGAGGGGUUUUCUGCUGUAAGAAGAUUACCCUUCAGAGUCCCUCAGACCGGGACCGUCCAGGAGUCCCUCAGAGUCCCUCAGAGUCCCCCAGAGUCCCUCAGACCGGGACCGUCCAGGAGUCCUUCAGAGUCCCUCAGAGUCCCCCAGAGCCCCCCAGAGUCCCUCAGACCGGGACCGCCCAGGAGUCCCUCAGAUCCCUCAGAGUCCCCCAGAGUCCCUCAGACCGGGACCGUCCAGGAGUCCUUCAUAGUCCCCCAGAGCCCCCCGGAGUCCCUCAGACCGGGACCGUCCAGGAGUCCUUCAGAGUCCCUCAGAGUCCCUCAGAGCCCCCCAGAGUCCCUCAGACCGGGACCGUCCAGGAGUCCUUCAGAGUCCCUCAGAGUCCCCCAGAGCCCCCCAGAGUCCCUCAGACCGGGACCGUCCAGGAGUCCUUCAUAGUCCCUCAGAGUCCCCCAGAGCCCCAGAGUCCCUCAGAUCGGGACCGUCCAGGAGUCCUUCAUAGUCCCUCAGAGUCCCUCAGAGUCCCUCAGACCGGGACCGUCCAGGAGUCCUUCAGAGUCCCUCAGAGUCCCUCAGAGUCCCCCAGAGUCCCUCAGACCGGGACCGUCCAGGAGUCCUUCAUAGUCCCUCAGAGUCCCUCAGAGUCACCCAGAGUCCCUCAGACCGGGACCGUCCAGGAGUCCUUCAUAGUCCCUCAGAGUCCCCCAGAGUCCCUCAGACCGGGACCGUCCAGGAGUCCUUCAUAG